UAUGUGACAUUUUUCGCGCCACCAGAAUCAGAUGUUUUGUUCUGAAGGUUUUGAAUAUCACGGUCUAUUAUUUUGUAUCAAGUUUCUGUUCGAAAAAUUGAGUUUUAAGUGAAUAAGUUUGUUGUUGCCAAUGUCCUGCACGGCAGAAGAAAUUGCAGAAAAGCGCCGAAUCGCAAUAGAAAGGCUUAAUGCUCGGAAAAAUGCUUUAAACAACAACAACAACAGCAGCAGCACAAACAAACCCACCUUCAGCCUUCCCCCGAAACAGCAAGCUGCUGUCGUUCAUAGUACCGCAUCCUUCUAUGGGAACAGCAGCAAAGCCCCCGAUACACAGCAGAAACCAAAUUUCAAACAAAUCGUCACCAAUGGGACGACGGUUCCAAAAAUUAAAUCCACCUUUCAUCAAGCUCGUACGCAAGCGGCCCCUUAUCAGUACAAUGGUAAGAGCCAACAACAACAGGGAACACCGGGGAAACUGGCCCCGGUUUUCGUGAAAACCGUUUCCUGUACCUGUGAAUUAAUUUCGGAAACGCGCUUUGUUGUCACCCCAAAUGGCUUUAGCGAAAAGAUCAUUGAGGUCUUCAAAUCCAUUCCCUCCAAACAGUACGAUCCAACUAGCAAACUCUGGACAUUCAGCAUAAAAGAUUACACGCUGGUACAGGAAAGAAUUAAUAGCCUGAAACCAAACGCCACAAUCGGUCCGAUCCCCUCGUUUGUAUUGAACCUGUUCAAUGGAAAUCCUCGACCGCGACCGAGUCGAGCUCCGCUAGAUUGCAUCGAACCGACUCUGGUAGAAAGUCUGCUAGAGUUUCAGAAAGAAGGUGUCUGCUUUGCGAUAGACAAAGGAGGGCAUGCUCUGAUAGCUGACGAAAUGGGUCUGGGUAAGACCUACCAAGCCAUUGCAGUGGCGGAUUUCUACAAAGAAAACUGGCCGCUUCUCGUUUGCACUACAGCGACUACCCGAGACACUUGGGCUGCCAAAAUUCGACAGUUGCUUAAAUACGUGCCAGUGCACAAUAUUGUGACCUUACAGAGUGGGCAAGAUUACAUUGGUGAUGCUAGGAUUCUUAUUACCAGCUAUUCGUUGAUGGAAAAGUGUGCCAAAAAACUUUUAGAACAUGGAUUCGGCUUCGUCAUUUUGGACGAAUCGCAUACAUUGAAAAACUUCAAAGCGAAAUGUACAAACGUGGCGCUCGAUAUAGCAGAAAAAGCCAAACGUGUCAUACUUCUAUCCGGAACACCGGCACUGUCCAGGCCGGCCGAACUGUUUACGCAACUACAAAUGCUGGACAAACAAUUUUUCCACUUCAAAGAGUACAGCACCAGAUAUUGUGCCGGAAAACAGACCAAUUUCGGUUGGGAUUCAACUGGUCAGUCAAAUCUGAACGAGCUUAAUCUGCUGCUGGCCGCAAAGUUUAUGAUUCGGCGCACCAAACAGGACGUUCUCAGUCAACUGGCGGAAAAAAGCCGGGAAACGGUUGUACUCGAUUCGUCCCUUCUGAAUAUGAACCCGGAAACCGAAGAAAAUCUCAGCACUUAUGCGGCGGAUUAUUCGCGAAGCAAAGGUUUGGCCCGGGAGGAAAUCCUGUUUAAGUACUACAACGUUACGGCUGAGGCAAAGGCACCCGCUGUUUGCGCCUACGUGAGUCAAAUUCUGAAGGAGGGUCAAAAGUUUCUGAUAUUUGCUCAUCACAUUAAAAUGUUGGAUUCGAUUUGUCAACAGCUGAGAAAGAAAAAGGUCGAUCACAUUCGGAUAGACGGAACCACUCGGUCGGAUCAUCGAACGCAAUAUGUGGAUCGAUUUCAAACGACAGAUUCGUGUCGCGCUGCAGUGCUAUCUCUGAAAGCUUGUAAUGCAGGAAUAACCCUGACCGCAGCACAGUUAGUAGUUUUCGCUGAGUUGGACUGGAAUCCUAGUACUCUUGCUCAGGCGGAAAGCCGUGCACAUCGUAUCGGCCAGGAAGGUGCCGUCAUCGUUCGUUAUUUGCUGGCCAAGGGCACAGCCGACGAUGUUAUCUGGACCAUGUUGCAAAAGAAACAGAAUAUCCUAAACAAGGCCGGACUUUGUAAUGAGAACUUUUCCGAUUCAACCUGCGUGGAUGCGCCAUGCUCGGCGGGAAAUAUCGAGCCAUACUUGACGAAACAACCGAGCAGCGGAACUCUGGACAGUUUUGUACUGAACGUUGCUGUGACCGAGAAGAAAGCGGAAAAAACAACCGAAGAGACUGAUUCUUUCCAAAACAUGUUGGACGAUGGAGAAGACGACGAUCUGGCGGGGUUAAACUUUUGAACUAGUAAGUGUUGUUAUUUUUUGAAUUUAUUUCUUUAAAAAAAGUAAUAA